UCAGCUCCUAAAGCCAGACAAGCCCAGCCCUUCUUCAGGUCCCGAAACAGGUUACAUGACACACUCGGGUGGGGCUGUUUUAUCUGGAAGGAUUGGUCCACACCACACCUUCUUGACGGACACCCUCUUUUGCGUAAAUACGCACGGAGCGCCAUAUAUAACCGGACGCACCGCACCAGCGCUCCACCAAAACGCUUUGCGCUCCUUCACACCUCCUCUCCCCGCUCCACACACUCCGAUCGUCGGUCAUGUUUCGCUGCGGAAUCGCCUACCCCCGGUGCAGGUGGAUCGUGCCCCUGCUGCUGCUCUUCGCCAUUAUUUUCGACAUCAUCGCCAUCGCGGCCACGUCGGGAUGGGUCGAGGACGAGGACGCCAAGACCCACUACGCCAAUAUGUGGGAGCAGUGCCGGGGCAAGAAUGACAAAUGGGUCUGCGAGUCGCUCAUGGAGAACUCUUGGGCCCAGGCCGUGGCUGCUCUGAUGAUCAUAGGCCUCAUCAUCCUCAUCAUCGCCUUCAUCAUCUCCUGCGUGGCUCUCUGCUGCUCGCUCAACAUCACUCUUCUGCCUCUCAUCGGAGCUCUGCUGAUCAUCGUUGUGGUUCUCCAGAUCAUCGCUCUCAUCAUCUACCCCGUCAAGUUCAACGAGGAGCUCUUCGAGGGCCACUAUUACUACACCUGGGCCUACGGCUUCGGGUGGGGAGCCACCAUCCUGUGCAUCGGCUGUGCCGUCCUCUUCUGCUGCCUGCCUCGCUACGAGGAUGAGCUGAGCGGCCUGGCCAAGACCAAAUACAUCUACUCCUCUGCUUAAAGACUGAACCUGCACACCCACCCACUUACAGACAUUUCCACGUUCCACUCUGAGCUGGAUCCGCGCUGGCAAAUUAAUGUUUUUACACUGUACCAUUUCACCAAAGAUCCACGAAGACUCAGUUCAGUUCAGUUAGAUUUGGUUCGGUCGUGGAUCAGAAGUUACUGGAAGUGGACUGUAAUUGGAUGUCACAUCUGCUUUAAUGUACAAACCUCUAUUUUAGAUAAAGUCUUUAUUUUUUACCAUUCUGCAUUUGAGUGAGACAUCUUCCACAUUGUAUCUGUACUUUUUACCAGUAACUCUCAAUGCAAGAUCACCCAAGUGCACUUAACCUAAGGGAAUUAAUUAUGUGUAAAGCAUAGCUUUAGCUUGAUUUAUUUUAGAACAACCUUGGUAGGAAAGUAGCUCGGACUAAAAACUUGCACAGGAUGCAAAAGAUAAUUAUUAAUCAUAAUUUGGUUUUGUCCCAUUUUUUUAUAAUUAGUUUUUCUCAGUUCUUCAACGUGUCUUUUAUUCUGCAUGUUGUUGUGCGUGAGGUAAGAAGGAAGCAAAGGCUGGGAGUCAGAAGCUGAAUGUAAUCUACAUUUAUGGAAAUGUAGUUUAACAGUCUUGUUUGAACGUUUUGUUUUUAGUUUUUUUUGAUAAUUCUUAUCUGCUGUGUCCAGAGUUUUAUAUAUUUUUACUUAUUACCAAAGGGGUUUAACUGUGGGAGUUUGCUGUGCCGUCUUUGUAUCGGUUCUGAGCAUUGCUAAUAAUACACUUGAUUUGUAAACACAGCGUGUGAUAUGUUUAUUGACUUGGCUGCAGUUGUUCCAUCUCUGUUAAUCUAACCUGGAAACAAAUUCAGAAUAAUUUCCAUUGAUUUUGAUAAUUAAUCUCUCGUGCAAAUUUAGAAAAACUUGUCAAAAUGUUGUCUUAAAGGGACCAAUAUAAACUCUGACUCUCCUUUUGGAUGUCGUGUUGCCUCAAAGUAGAGAGCACAUUCAGAGAAAAGAGUUUUUCAUUCACAGACAGAUGACCAAUCAUGUAUUUUCUAAAACCCCUUAUGAGAUUUGAUAAUGCUCUUUUGGCUUACUGCUGGUUGAGACCAAGGUGUACAAUCUGCUGACAUACUGUGUGUUAAAUCGGUGCCUUAGCUUCUUUGGUGUUUUUGUUUUUGAAUGUCAUAUCAAACUGAUCAGUCUGGUUUUAGUGACUCAUGUUUAUUCCCUGUCAACAGUUACAUUUAUCUCCAUGCCAAGACCAAGUUAGUGCCCAAACCAGACCAAGUUGUAUUGUUGUUAUUACAUGAAAGAGUUCUAAGGAAAGAUUUAACUGUAAAAAGAGACGGGAUAAUUGUUAUUGGAUCAAUAGUCAAAGUCUAUAACCAUUGUCAUCAUCUGAGUUGGAGUCUUGCAAGUUAUUUAUGUUGCAAAUUGCUGCAUAAAUAACUGACUAACUGAGAAUCGAUGCAGAUUCAGGCAGGUGAAGGUGAGGUAAAAAAAAUAUAUAUAUUUGCUUUUACUUAUGGCCAAGAAUCUCUCUUAACGCCAGCUUUUUCAGACAUUAGUCAUUGUAUGGGUAUAUAAUGUACUAUAGGGAAUGUGUUAUUAACAUUCAUCCACACCUGGAAUUUACCCAGCUGUUCUGCUGUAGUAUGAAAUUGAUUAUUUUUGGUAGUCUGUGUGUUUUUACGCAAUAAAAAGUUUCUUUUCUUUUGAA